UUCGCAUUACUUCGCGACGCUCUUUUCCUUCACUUUCCGUCUCUCUCUUUUCCUCUCUCCUCUAUCCUCGACCAGUCCCUCCUUUUCUAUUUCGUCGGUCCCUUCUUCCUUGCUGUCUUGUUUGAGACAACACCAAUGGCUGUCUUGCGGCGGACAUUGAUCCUUGCGAGCGCGCUCGCUUGCCUGGCUUCCGCCCAGACCAUUAAGAAGAAUGGACGUGUUGUCGCUGCCGAUGAAACUACGGUGCCCAUUGCUGCCGAGAAUGUCCAGAGUGAGCUUGUUCUCACGGACAGCGUACUUGCUCAGCUAAGCAGCCAGGAGCUUUCCAAUGUCUCUCUUUUUGAUUUCGCGGACGACGUUGAAGCUACAGAGAAUGAUAAGCGAUCCCGCUUCACCGGGUGCAAGACAUUUCCUGGGGACAAGCUUUGGCCCCUGAAGAUUGUCUGGAAGGUCUUUGACCUUGUGACAGGCGGUGCCCUCAUCAAGACCGUUCCUGUUGGUGCUGUGUGCUACACGAACAGCGAGCACUAUGAUGCAGACAAGUGUCAGAAUAUCCUCGACCACUGGACCGAGUCUGCUACUCAUGCCAAUGAUCCGACGUCUAUUAUGUCGCCUCUCUUCCAAGGCAAGACUUGUAUGCCCCAGAAUGGUGAUGAUGGCACAUGCGAGCUAGGUGGUUUCCCAAGCUAUGCUGUGAACAUCUCCACUGUCGCUCAGAUUCAGCUGGCUAUCAACUUCGCGCGCAAUACGAACAUUCGACUGAUCAUCAAGAAUACCGGACACGAUUUUCUUGGCAAGAGCGCCGGCGCCGGCGCCCUGUCAAUCUGGACUCACAAUCUCAAAUCUAUCGAUUUCAUCGAGCACUAUGAGGGGUGCGGCUACAGUGGCCCGGCCAUGAAACUCGGCGCCGGCGUCGAAGUCGGCGAAUUGUACGCAGCAGCCGACAAGUACGGUGUCAGUGCAGUUGGCGGAGAAUGUAAGGGUGUCGGUGUCACGGGCGGCUAUAUCCAAGGUGGUGGCCACUCUCCUCUCAGUUCCAUCUAUGGCAUGGGUGCCGAUCAGGUCUUGAGCAUAGACAUCGUUCUUCCUAAUGGUCGCUUCAUCACUGCCGACAAAAAAAACCACCCGGAUAUUUUCUGGGCCGUCCGCGGAGGCGGCGGCGGCACAUUCGGCGUCGUGACUAGCAUGACUGUCAAGGUGCACCCGAAGAGUGUCUACUCCGGCCUUACCUUCUUUGUUACGAGUGGCAACGACUCUCUCGCCAAUGUUACCACCGAGGCCUUCAUUGCCGGCCUUGAGGCUUACUGGCGCAGAUUCCCCGACUACGCUCCCGUAGAGGGCCAUUAUGGCUAUUCCAGCGUAUACCCCCGCUUUGACGGCAUCCCGGGCUACACCUGGCAGUUUCACCCCUGGCUAGCCCCUAACACCAAGCUCGCCGAUUUCAAGAAGACCGUGGCACCCCUUCUGGCAGAAUGGGAGGAGGUCGGCUUCAACGUCGAGCCCGAAUUCUUCGAGUACGACAACUUCCUCACGCCGUGGAAGGAGCACUUCCCCGUCGAAUCUGUCGCCAACGCUGACCUCCGAACGGGCUCGCGGCUGAUCCCCGCCAAGAACUGGGAAGAUCCUGUCUUGCUUAAUCAGACGUUUGCGGUGCUCGAGGAGGUCAUGCAGGGCAGCGCACUAAUUAUGUACAAUAUCGUGGGUAAGAAGCAGCGAAACGUCCAUAACGCCGUCAACCCGGCGUGGCGCGAUAACCUUUUCUACGUGAUCGUGGGUUCUUCCUGGACGGACGACAGCACGUCGGCCGAGAUCGAGGCCGCCAACAAGGCCAUUACAUACACCACGCUGGAGAAGCUCCGCUCCGUGUCAAAGGGCGCCGGCUCAUACCUUAACGAGGCCGAUAUUGCGGAGCCCGACUUCCAGCAGGCCUUCUGGGGUACAAACUACGACCGUCUCCUGAAGAUUAAGAAGGAGGUCGAUCCUUGGGAUACUUUCUGGGCUCCUACUGCGGUUGGCAGUGAGGGCUGGUACAUCACGCGUCAAGAGCCGUGGCUGCAGACUCAGAACGGACGUCUCUGCCGCAAGUAAGAGCAAAGUGAGACCUUUGCAGUGCACAGCUUGGUCGGCUUUCUUUGUUCCUUAAAAUUGUGAAGCUGAACUAUAACUCUCAUUCACGCCAUAGGCUUCAGUCGAUACCCAAAAAGAAAGCGUCGUGGUUCGAGUUCCUUUAUAUGAGAGAUAUAUACGUAUGUAGUAUUAAUACUAGUAUCCUUUCCACCCGAUAAAAUUCAAAGCAAAAUGUUAUAAGCAAGAGUUAUUGUCAAUGACUUCGGUAUGGGGAUACAUCAUUAACAUCUAAGGUAUUGGAAUGCAUAGUUAAAGUCUCC